AUGGUGCAGCUUACAGAAGUUGUCGACGAGCACUUCCAGGAGGGCCAGGUCGGGCCCGAGGACGAUGACGACUUCACAGACACGGACUCCGAGAUCUCCCACGACUCCGACUACGACCCGGUCAACGAGUCCCUGUCCGAGCGGCUGUACGCCCUGCGCGACAUGGUGUCGCCCCAGACCCGCGGCACCAUCAGCAGCGCCGUCAGCACGACGACCAACGCCGUCCGCUCCGUGCUCAGCUUCGGCGGCAAGACCCUCUGGGUCGUCAGCAGCUCGGCCCUGCUCCUCGGCGUCCCGUGGGCCCUCGCCUGGGCCGAGGAGCAGCAGGUCAUGGAGAUGGAGAAGGAGAUGCGCAUGAGGGAGAUGGGCAGCGAGCUCCUCACCGCUGGUGGCCAGCAGCAGGGCGGCUCCGCCACUGCGCAACAGGUCGGCGCGGCCAUUGGCCAGGAGCCUGCGAAGGCAGCGCUGUAA